GGGUCCCGCCCACCCGGCUCCCGGCUCUUCUACCCGGAAACUGUCCUGGCAGUCUAUACUCCUGUCCUCUCCGCUUGUGAGAUUGGCAACAAUUGUGGCUAGCCGGUUGUUUAGUUGUUCUGUGAGCCACAGUUUCGGGUCAUGGAGGGGGACAGCCGCGCCGCCACGGCCUCGCAGUACCAGCCGGCCUGCCCUACGCGGGACGCAUGUGUCUACAGCAGCUGCUAUUGUGAGGAAAACAUUUGGAAGCUCUGUGAAUACAUCAAAACACACAACCAGUAUCUGUUGGAGGAGUGCUACGCUGUCUUCAUAUCGAAUGAGAAGAAGAUGGUACCUAUUUGGAAACAGCAGGCAAGACCUGAGAACGGACCUGUGAUCUGGGAUUAUCAUGUCGUUCUGCUUCAUGUGUCAAGGGAAGGACAGAGCUUCAUUUAUGACCUUGAUACUAUUUUGCCAUUUCCCUGCCCUUUCGACAUUUACAUAGAAGAUGCCCUUAAGUCUGAUGAUGACAUUCAUCCACAGUUUAGGAGGAAAUUCAGAGUGGUUCGUGCUGACUCCUACUUGAAGAACUUUGCUUCUGACCGGUCUCACAUGAAGGACUCGAGUGGGAACUGGAGAGAGCCCCCUCCAGAGUACCCCUGCAUUGAAACUGGAGACUCCAAAAUGAACCUGAACGACUUCAUCAGCAUGGACCCUGCAGUAGGAUGGGGAGCUGUCUACACGCUGUCUGAGUUUGUACAUCGGUUCAGCAGCAAAAACUACUGAGCCUGAUGCUAGCUUGUGCAACUAGAGGAACUCUAGGGUAGGAAUAAGCCAACCUCCAUUUCAGAGAGCAGUGAGGUACAGGUGGCCUAGAGGUAUAUAUACUUCUCAUUAAAUUUGAUUGGAAAAUUAGUGAACACAAAUAAAAAUGAAUAAGCCCCCCCUUUUUUUUCAGCCUGGGGAUCUACCCCAGAGUUCUAUCUCCAACCCUAAUCAGUCAGUCCCCAGCCUCAGACAUUAAUGAUGUGUCACAUUGGGUAUAUGGUUACUAAAAUGUUUCCCUGUCUUUCUUAUUUCAAUGUGUGAGAUGUAGACCAGCAACUGCUUUUGUAAAACUAGAAGUGUGGACUUGGAGUCAGCUCCUUUGGUCUGCUGUGUCUGCUUCCUGUCUGGCUAGACUCUAAACUCCUUGAGCACAGGGUUGUGGCCUGUGGCUCUAAGACUCUGUUGCCCAUUAGAGGGACUGGUAAAACGUUUCUAGAGACAGCUCUGCUGCUUGGAAAGGGACACUAUUGUGAGCUGAAUCAGCUGUAAGUAUUAGUCUUUUUGGACUACAAUGUUUAAAAAAGUUGCCGAUACCUUGUCUGAGUGUUAUUUUGGCCCAUUUACAAAUGUAGCUUUAAAUAAAAAUGACUUAAUUUUGUUUUUGAA